UCGGGUUAAGGCAUGAUGUGGGCCGUUCAGCACGGAGGUGCCUCAAUCUUGCAGUGGAGGGCGGAGCGGGAUGAGGGCAGAGCGGGGGUGGUAGGCGGAGCUGCAUUGAGUGAUGGCCUGGCCCCUCCUUCCGGUUAAGGCGGGGAGGUGGGGCGUACAGCACGGAAGUGCCACAGGCCUGCGUGGGUAGGCGGUGCCGCAGUGAGUGACGGCCCGGCUCCUCCUUCCGGUUAAGGCGGGGAGGUGGGGCGUUCAACACGGAAGUGCCUCAAGCCUGCUUGGGUGGAAUGAGGCACAUCAACCUGUCCUUCGCUGCCUGCGGAUUCCUGGGCAUUUACCACCUGGGGGCAGCCUCGGCCUUCUGCAAACACGGCCAGAAGCUGCUGAGGGACGUCAAGGCCUUCGCGGGGGCUUCCGCCGGGUCCCUGGUGGCUUCGGUCCUGCUCACGGCACCGGAGAAAAUAGAGGAAUGCAACCAGUUCACGUACGAGUUCGCUGAGGAGACACGAAGGCAGUCCUUCGGGGCCGUGACGCCCGGCUACGAUUUCAUGGCCCGACUGAGACGCGGAAUGGAGUCGAUCCUGCCGCCCAACGCCCACCAGCUGGCGCACAGCCGCCUGCACGUGUCCAUCACCAGUGCCCGGACCGGGAAGAACUCCCUGGUCUCUAGCUUCUCCUCCAGGGAGGACCUCAUCCAGGUCCUCCUGGCCAGCAGCUUCCUGCCCCUCUACGCCGGCCUGAAGCCGGUGGAGUACAAAGGACAGACAUGGGUGGACGGAGGGUUCACCAACAGCCUCCCCAUCCUGCCCGCGGGCCGCACGGUGACCAUCUCCCCCUUCUGCGGCCGCCUGGACAUCUCCCCGCAGGACAAGGGGCAGCUGGGCGUCUACGUCACCAUCGCCAAGCAGGACAUCCUGGUGUCCGUGGCCAACUUGGUGCGGCUCAACAAGGCCCUGUUCCCGCCGGGCAAGCGGGAAAUGGAAUCCCUGUACCACCGCGGCUUCCAGGACGCCGUUGGGUUUUUGCUCAAGGAGAACUGGUUCGAGUAGAGGGCCCGCAGGCACGUCCCGCGUCUGGUGGGAUCGGUGAUGAGAUUUCUAGAAGCCGUCAGGAUUCUGUCACAGCGACCCGUCUCGGUCACAGUUUGCGUCAUUUUGAAAAGUUAAAAAUGUUCCCUGGCUGCAGAGAAAGACGAGGCGUUUCACGAGACGGUGGCAACGUUAUCAAGGGCACAACGCGGGAGGCACUGAACGCAGAUGAACUCCUGCGAAACACGGAGACCCACGCCAACCUCACUUGUAGCCUUGGGAAUGAGAAGUGAAUCCCGCCUGGUUGGCCAGCGUGGCUCAAUGGUUGAGCUCUGACCUUGGAACCAGGGGGUCAGGGUUCGAUUCCC